CGUGCCGCGUCGUGUCGCGUCUCGAUCGCGUCUCGCACACAUAGUUGCGCGCUCCCAUCGCACGAUCUCGGUUUUGGAUGCAUUCCGACGCGUAUGUCACCGACUUCGACAGCGACGACAAUGAUAUCGUAUGGCCAUAUAACGAUGACGACGACGAGGAUCAUGAGGAUCAGCACAGCGUAUCUACAGUAAGAUUGGAGCCGUCAAAACGCGUGUAUGAGUUUGGUGAGUUCGAAGAGCACUAUGGCUGGGUACAAUGCCGAUCCAAAAGUCAACAAAAUCGCCUGUAUUUUCAUAACAUGCAUAGCGGCUGUAACACGUGGUACAGGCCUGUCUCGCAUAACAUCAAGAUCCCAACCGUAUCCCUCGAAAAGGCUACUUGCACGGACGAUUUAACGACGAGUGAUUUGGAAUUGAUGUCGGUGUCUGACGACGAGAAAGAACGGGAAUCGACGACGCACGUUCCUGACCGAUUUUUAACGAAAACGUCGCUGGAUAUUCUCUCGCGGUGGUUUUACGCCCCUCUAAACUCGACCUUCGGCACGAAGGAGGACAACUUGAGCGAGAUGGGUGACACGUUCGCAGCUGAAUAUGACGACGAGAUCAAAUGGAUCAAUGUGGACAACGAGAGCAACGAUAACGGCUACAGCGACGGCAACGACGAUAAAUCGCGAACCGAAUAUUCGUCAUUCCCUGUCGCGGAUUUCCUCGAGACCGAAAUCUUAGUGGGCGAAGGCGAAGUAAACAUCGACUGUUGCCGAAUGAUCAAAAAAGAAACGAUGAAAAGAAGAAAAAAGGAAAGAAAUGAUGACAACAACGACACAUCGUCGUCGUCAUCGUCGCUCUCCACUUCGCCGAAUUUCGUCGUGUACGGCGCUCCACGCUUGAAGAAGAUCGGCUUCGAGGAGCAAGUGGUCAAGUGGCAAGAUGUUCGUCCUCCCAAGAAUCAAGGAGGUCCCAGGAAGAUCAUUUGCGAGAUGUAUGGCGUGAGGACUAUCAACUACGACCUGCCCGACGUGAAUGAGAUACGGCCGGUAGCGGGGGUGAAGUCGACGAGAUUGAGCGAUAGCGACAGCGACGAUGACGACAGCGGGCUACCAUCAGGCGUGAUAGCAAACACUUUUUCGGAUUUCGUUUUCGGAUGCAAUUCCAUGGAUUUGCGCCCACCGUUACUGAGCGACCCGAGCUCCAGCCCGUCGUCGAGGUCGAGUAAAAGCUCGAGCUCCAGCUCCAACUCAUUCACGUGCUCCACAUGCUCUACUAGCUGCACAUCAUGCGAAUGAGACAUCCAACGAAGCGUUGAGCCAAUAUUAACGAAUGCUAAAAAGUAUCAAACGUCUCAAGCUUGUAUAGGAACGGCAGAGCUCCAGAGACCGCCGUUUGUUCAGUCGGACGAUAUUCUUCUCUGAUUGUUAAAAGAGAGAUUUUUUUUGUUUUUUUUUUUUUCGUAUUUGACUGUGUUGCUCGGAUUUUUAUUUUCGUUAUUAUUGUACAUCUUAUACCACAAAAGUUUCGCUAUAAUGUAAGAAGCAAUAUCUUCUGUGAUCAGUUAAAGUCACUUUC